CCAUGUUCUAUGUUCGAUUGUAUUCUUCGACUUUACUCCGAUUUAUUUAUUUUCGACAGCUGUUUGUGCCGCCAUUACUAUUGAUAGCCGAAGAUUAAUUUAAAACAUUUAUUCUUAAAUGUAAAAACCUGUUGGAAACGUGUUGUCUCGUUUUGCCUUUUUAACUACUGUUAUCGAAGUGAUAUAUUGAUAAUCAUUCUUGUUUAAACAAGACAAAAUGUUAUUAAUGGAACGAAUACCCGAUCAAAUUGGAUACUUAGUUUUGACAGGGGAUGGAGCAGUAUUAGCAUCUGGAGGUGAACUAGAAAAUAAUGAAAGAGUCGCAAAUGUUAUUAUGAGUCUGGUGACUUUAGAAAGUAAAAUAGAUGAUAAAACAUCAAAUAAUAAAUCUUUCAACAAAAUAUUAAUUAAAUAUCCAAACCAUUGUUACAUCGUUUGUUUAUCGAAUAAGAAAAUUCAUGUUAUAAAGAAAAAAACACAUUCUGCUGAAAGUCACACAAAUUCAAACGACCAGAAUCUUAUGGAUUUUCCUCCAAUUUAAAUAAAUGUAUUUAUUGAUAUAUUGAAAA